AUGGCAGAAUGGAAAGACCGCGAACGUCCUGACACAAUCGUGUUAUUUGAUGUCGAUGGUACUUUGACCCCCGCUCGAAGGCCCGUAACCAAAGAAGUUUUGGAAGCACUUAAAGAGCUGAGGAAGAAAGUGGUGAUUGGUUUUGUCGGUGGUUCCGAUCUCAGUAAACAGAAGGAACAGCUUGGCGCCGGGGGUACUUUGGGUUCUCAGGUCAUUGAUGACUUUGAUUUUGUAUUUCCGGAAAACGGGCUUGCGGCUUAUCGACUUGGAAAACAAUUGGCUUCUCAAAGUUUCAUCGGAUGGAUUGGAGAAGAGAAGUACGCAAAAUUAGUGAAUUUCAUUCUCAAGUAUAUAGCGGAUCUUGAAAUUCCCAGGAAACGUGGAACUUUUAUAGAAUUCCGAAAUGGAAUGAUAAACGUAUCACCGAUUGGACGCAAUUGCAGUCUUCAAGAACGUGAUGAAUACGAGGCCUAUGAUAAGGUUCAUCAUAUUCGAGAGAAAUUCGUGGAGGUCUUGAGAGAGAAUUUCCCUGAUUAUUCUCUCACGUACUCAAUCGGUGGGCAGAUAUCUUUUGACGUGUUUCCCACAGGCUGGGAUAAAACAUACUGUCUCACUCACUUAGAAGUCGAAGGGUUCAAGGAAAUUCACUUUUUCGGCGACAAGACUUACAAGGGAGGUAACGACUAUGAAAUCUAUAGACAUCCGUCGGUCACAGGACAUUCUGUUACUAGUCCUGAUGACACAAUUAGAAUUUUAAAAGAAAUUUUCGGAAUCUAA